UUGUCGCUGACAUCACCUGCUUCCAGAACAGAGCCAGACUUCGUGGAGCGAGGUUCAUCUGUGACAUGGCGUGUCUCCAGGUGUGGGGGUUCUUCAGCCUCGUCGUCCUCUCCGCCGCCCAGAGCACCACACUCAGCCCUGGCCCUCGGCCCUCCUACCUGCUGCUGACCCCCAGAUUCCUCCGUCCUGAAGUCCCUUCAUCAGUGUCGGUCUCCAUCCUCACCACCUCGCCGGUCGUUGUCUCUGCUCACAUUGUUCAUGGAAACCAGACCGUGGCCUCGGAGUCGAUGACAGUCGAAGGAGGUUCAACUAAGCUGCUGACUCUUCCACCUAUCCCCGACAGCCAGUCCAGCUACUGGCACCCCUACAGCCUGGAGGUCAAAGGUCACGUGGGUGGCAUCCAAGUUUUCUCCAACUCAACAGAACUGCGCUUUCACCCCAAAGGCUUCUCCACCUUCAUUCAAACAGACAAGCUGAAUUACCUGCCGGGGCAGGUGGUGAAGAUCAGAGCGGUGUCCAUUCACCCCGACGGGAGGCCCUUCACCCGCCCGGUGGAUCUCAGCAUCACAGACCCGAGGGGAAACGUGCUCAGACAGUGGCUGUCCGUGGACGGCGUCCUCGGGGUCGUGUCCAAAGAGUUCCAGCUGUCUGAAAACCCUCCUCUGGGUGAAUGGACCAUCGUCACCGGAGUCAAUGGUGUUUCAAGUGGGAAGCAUUUCAACGUGGCUCAUUAUGUGUUGCCAAAGUUUGAGGUUGUGAUUGACGCCCCGGACGUCAUUUAUCAUAAGGACAGUCUGCACGGCUCCGUCACAGCAAAGUACCUGUACGGGAAACCUGUUCAGGGACGCAUGAAUAUAACAUUCCUUCAUCACUUUCAUGGCAUUGUAGAGGUUUAUAAUGAAAAGAAAGAGAUCGAUGGCACCGAAGAAUUCACGUUUGAUGUUCCCACCUACAACCCCAGGAAUCAGAGAGCUCUAGAAAUGGUCUUCUAUGAUGAAUACAUGAAUGACGAGUUCCUGAUGAUUCAGGUUAAUGUGACUGAACACCUGACAGGUCGCACAUAUUUCAGUACGACAAAGGUUUCUCUGGCAAAACACAAAUAUAAACUUUCCUUUGAUGGUUAUCCACAAAUACUGAGACCCUCGUUAAACUUCACUGCCAGGCUGAAAAUAUGUACAUACAACAAUGAACCGCUGUCAAUGGAGGAUCAGCUGAAGAUGGUUCACAUGUCAGUGAUGCAACGAAAGCAAAGUCCGUGGAGUUGGAAAAUGGACGAGGUAGAAGAAAUGAUGCCUCGUUCAUCACACGUGUCAGGCCCUUCGAGAACGCCUCCCCACCCAGAGGAGAUGCCGCCGAAAGACAUGGGGUUUCCUGUCCCUGCAGAUGGAGUCAUACCCCUUUUCAUUCAAGUCAUGAAUGAAACUGAAACACUCACCAUUGAUGCUUCUUUUGAGGACAGCCAAAGCACUCUUCAGCUCUACAGAAGCUACACAUCCCCCAGUCACUCCUACCUGCAGGUUCAGAAACCCGCCAGACCUCCAGAGGUUGGUUCACCACUCCUGCUGCACAUUGAAGGGAAUUUUCCAAUAACCGAGAUUCACUACAUAGUGAAGUCCAGAGGUCAGGUGGUUUCUGCUGGGAAAAGCUCAGGUGAUCUAACGCUGGUCCCAGAAAUCUCCUGGGCUCCUCUGGCCUGCGUCAUCGUCUACUGUGUCCAUCCUGAUGGAGAGAUCGUCAACGACGUGCUCCAGCUGCCCAUCACCCAAACUUUACGAAACAAGGUGUCUCUGAGCUGGAGCAAUACUAUGAGCAGACCAGCUGAAGAGGUCACACUGAGGGUCGCGGUGGAGGAGCCCGGCUCUCUGGUCGGGAUCCUGGUGGUCGACAAGGCGACGCAGUGGACGGGAUCACGCAACGACAUCACCAAGGAGAGGGUGCUGGAGGAGAUUAACGAGUACGUCGGUUCCGCGGCCGACGCCUACUCUGACAUGUUGACAAUGGGAGAUCCAUACUCUGUCUUCAAGACAUGUGAUCUUGUGGUUCUGACUGAUGCCUGUUUACACACGAUGCAAAAUCCGCUGAAGCCUGUAUUUCCAGGGGAGGGAAUAUAUGACAUGGAGCAGACAGACGGUCCUCAUGUACAGCAACAACAGGAGCCACGAGAGCGGUGGAAGUUUCCAGAGACCUGGAUAUGGCUGGAUACCAACACAGGUAAUUCAGACACAGCAGAGAUAACCCUGACUGUACCAGACACCAUCACAACCUGGACUGCCACCGCCUUCGUCAUGUCUGAGAACCUGGGUCUGGGCAUCGUAGAGAGGCCAGCGCAGCUCACAGUGUUCCAGGAUUUCUUCCUGUCCUUGAAUCUGCCGGCCUACAUCAUCCGAGGAGAGGAGCUGCUGCUGGAGAUCAUUCUGUUCAACUACCUCCCGCAGGACCUGGAGGUCAUGGUGAUUGUCGCAGAGAGUGGCGCCUUCGAGUUCGUCUUCCCGGACAACGAGGAGCUCUCCAUGCCCAGUGUUCGUCGGGUGUCUGUGGGGAGAGAGAGCGGGACGUCCGUCCUGGUUCCCAUCAGGCCGCUGGUCCUCGGAGAAAUCCCCGUCUCUGUGAAGGCCGUGUCGUCUGCGGCGUCUGACUCGGUCCGAACGACGGUGCUCGUCAAGGCCGAGGGACUCGAGCAGUCGUUCUCCACCUCGCUGCUGUUUGAGCUUUCUGCAUCGCAGUCGAGCCUUUCCAGACGCGUCACGUUCACCUUCCCAGCAGAUGUGGUGGAGGGCAGCGAGAGAGCCUCAGUGACGGCCGUCGGCGACAUCCUCGGCCCGUCCAUCAGCGGCCUGGACUCUCUGAUCCAGAUGCCUCAUGGCUGCGGCGAACAGAACAUGAUCAACUUCGCGCCAAACGUCUACGUGCUGCAGUACCUGAGCGCUACGGGACAGACGAGCCAGGACGCCACGGACAGAGCCGAGGACUUCAUGAUGAAAGGUUACGAGCGACAGCUGUCCUAUCAGAGAGCGGACGGCUCCUUCAGCGCGUUCGGAGACCAGGACUCAUCCGGAAGCACCUGGCUGACGGCGUUCGUGCUGAGGUGUUUCCUGCAGGCGCGGCCGUUCAUCAGCAUCGACGCCAACGUGCUGCACAAAGCCGCGGCGUGGUUAGGAUUCCAGCAGGGGGCUGAUGGGAGGUUCGAGGAGCCCGGCCGGGUCAUCCACACCGAGCUCCAAGGAGGCCAGGACGGCCCCGUCUCCCUGACAGCCUACGUCCUCAUCGCCCUGCUGGAGGACACUGACGUCAGGGCUCAGUACGGCAGCCAGGUGUCGGCAGCCCUGCUGUUCCUGGAGACUCGUCUGGCUCUGGGCGUCUCCAGUAACUACAGCCUCAGCCUGCUCGUCUACGCCCUGGCUCUGUCCGGCAGCUCCAGCGCCGACACGGCUCUCAGUGAGCUGAUUGGACGAGCUGAGAUGAGAGACGGCGUGCCGACGUGGUCCUCCCCAGACGCCGGCCUGUCGUCGUCGUGGCAGCCUCGCUCCGCAGACGUGGAGAUGGCGUCCUACCUGCUGCUCGCUCAGUACAAACUGGGUCACGUGGCGGACGGUCUCGGCCUCAUGAAGUGGCUCAGUCAGCAGAGGAACCACAGGGGAGGAUUCGGAAGCACUCAGGACACCGUCGUGGCUCUGCAGGCUCUGUCCACGUUCGCCGCUCUCGGCGGGUCUCACGACUUCGACCUCACCGUCAGAGUGAACACUGACGCCUCGACCGCCGUCGCCUCCUUCCACAUCCACGGGGGCAACCACCUGCUCCAGCAGCGUCAGCAGAUCCAACCGGAGGAGGAGCUGCACCUGGAGGCGACUGCAGAGGGUCGCGGACUCGCUCUGGUUCAGCUCAACGUGUUUUACAACAUCAGGAAUGAGGAGCUGACGAGGAGGAGACGAGAGGCCGGCGAACACGAGGCAUUUCAUCUCUACGUCGAGCUGUUUGACACAGACAUAGACUCAGCACAUCUGUACAUCUGCAGCAGCCUGAGGGAGGAUCUGGGUCUGAAUGCGACCGGCAUGGCGAUCCUGGAGGUCGGCGUGCUGAGCGGCUUCAGUCUUCCUCCUGACGGCGUCCAGACCGACGGGGUCGUGAGGAAAGUGGAGACCCGGCCCGGGAGCGUCAUCCUGUACCUGGACUCAGUGACGACAGACGAUCUGUGUCUCGUGAUUCCUCUGGUCAUGGAGCAUAAAGUCGCCAAAGUCCAGGAGGCGACCGUUCUCAUCUAUGACUAUUAUGAACCAAGACGGAGGACGGCGCGGACGUACAAAUCGGAGUGGAGGAGUGACAUGUCCGCCUGCUCGUUCUGCGGUGAAGACUGCAGCGAGUGCAGAAUGGACGGACGCUUUGAGCUCAACGCUGCGUCGCACAGCCGCCGCCACUUCCUGCUGACCAGUUCACCUCCCGCUCUGCUCCUCCUCUUCGUCACCAGCGUCUUCGGGGUGUAAAUAAAAGCAAACGAACCCCAGUUCAGGCUGUAGAUGUGUGAAUUUGUCAGCGUCAGUGACAUUUCUACAGCGGGAAAGUGGCUGCGUUUAUACGCACGUGUCACAUGACGGCUUUUUCAACUGGUUAUUCACGUCACAUCAUCACAACUAGUUUGGAGACAAUAUGAGAUGUACACAAUUUAUAUGGAGUUUUACUUGUGUAAAUAUAUUUACAUUCAGCAUGAAGGUCGUCCCCUCUUCCUCAGAGCUCUACAGAACUUCAGGAUCCAAUAAUAAUGAUCGAUCAUUUAAACUUUAAAUGAUCGACAGGUAUCAGAAUAUUACUUUCAUGUGUGGUGGCUGAUGGUUCCCAGCUCCACCUCCGCUCUGCUGAGCUGAGAUCUGGUCAGAGGUAAAACAAAAAAUAAUGCACAAUAAAAAAUAAAAAAGUC